AUGUCAACCGAAGAAAUUCCACAAGGUGCUGAUGUCAACAUCAUCUCCAACAAAAAUGAAAAGAAAGCCAGAGAAUUGAUCAAGAAAUUGAACUUGAAGCAAAUCAAAGGUAUUUCCAGAGUCACUUUCAAACAAAGAGGUAACUUGAUUUACGCAAUUGACAGCCCAGACGUUUACAGAUCUGCUGCUGGUACCUAUGUUGUCUUUGGUGAAGCCAAGGUUGACGACAUGAACCAAAGAAUUGCUGAAGCCCAAGCUCAACAAGCUCAACAAGAUGCUUUAUCCAAAGCUGCUGCCCCAGAUGCAUCUGCUGCUACCGAAGACAAGUCACCAGAAGCUAUCACUGCUGAUUUGGAAAAGGCUAGCUUGGGUGAAAACAAGGUUGAAGAAGUUGAAGAUGACGAUGAAGAAGUUGACGAGUCUGAGUUUGAUCCAAAGGAUAUUGCUUUGAUUGUGGAGCAAACUCAUGUAUCUAGAGCCAAGGCAGUUAAGGCUUUGAAGAACCACAAUGGUGAUAUGGUCAAUGCCCUUAUGGAGUUGUCUUAG